AUGUCCACCACCAACAACACCACCACCUGCGCGAAAUGCGGCCGAGUCUUCGCACCCGCAGGGCAAGGAAACUGCACCCUGAAGUGCUGCCCCCUCUGGACCGGCCAUGCCGGAGCCCUGGAACGGUUAGAGACGUCCGUCCAGCAAAGCGGAGGUAAGGUUACUGACGCAGCUACAGCGACAUUCGUCGCGGCCCGCGAAGAUAAUCUCACCAGGGAAGUGCAGCGACAGAGUCCGGAGCCCAAAGAGCCGGCGAAUGGAGACAACGAUGCCGAAAUGACCACGGAUGAUGUUGACCGCAUUAUCGCGGAAAAGCAGCGGGUUGUGCACAAUGCCCUCAGUGAGAUUACGGACUUGGAGUGCAAGGUCAUUGAAAAUGAUGUUGCUCGGGGGAGGCUGAGUGCGGAUGAGGGAAAAGCGAUGAUGGAGGUGUUGAGGGGGGUAAAUGAAAAGUCGAAACAGGAUUCGAGGAAGAGAUUGGAGGAGGAGAAGAACAGUCUCCUUGAGAAGGUAAGCAAGAAGUAG